UUAGAAAUAAAUAAAACUCGUCAUUUUUGAGCAACAGCAUGAAGGCAAUCGCCAUAAUUUUGACGGCAGCAUUCAUAGUGGCCGUGUAUUCGGAGAACUAUACGGAUAACUCAGAAAACAUAAUUGCUUCGAGCAAUAUCUUCAUCGAAGACGAGCCAGAAGAAAAAUGUAGGCACCACGAAGAGCGUCGGUGCGCUCCUCCUCUCAGGAAGGAUUGCUGGAAUAAAUUCUUGUGGCCCAUCAUAUUUGAUCCGCCGCGAUGCAUCUUGAAGAGCUGCGUGUGCGUAGAUGGGUACGUCAAGGCCACGCUGUUCAACAGGACCUGCAUUCGAGCCGACCAAUGCAGUUAAUAUUGACAUGAAUUGAUGUAAAAUAUAAAAAUUAA